AUGUACAGGCGCAAAGCAAGAAAGACCAUACGUUUCAAGACCAUCUCGUACUCAACAGCUCCUCAAUCCCAAACUUGUGCCAAAGCUGAGCAGCGCCCCAAAGCCACCAAUCGGUGUCAGAGACGAUGCCAAGUGAUUAUUGCAGCUAUUCUGAUUGAGGAGAAUCAGGCCGAGUCAAUCAUCAUUGGCAGUGAUCGACUCUCGCGGACGCUCGCGCGACAGCAAGAAGGACCGGGAUCCGUCUCGGGAGCGCCGGCGAUCGGUCUCGCCAUCCUCUUCCCGACUCUCGUUCGCCUGACAAUCGUGAGAAACUUCCUGCGAAAGCUGGCCGCGUUGAACAAGAUCGCAGUACACGACGUAGAAGCUACUCAUCUAGCCGCUCAAGAUCUAUUAGUCACAGUCCGAUCGCCAAGGGAGCUCAUCCAACAGCCCGUGCAGAUCACGCAGGUUCAAGAAGAUCACGUUCUCCGGAACGAGAUCGACGAGCAAGAUCGGCAAGCAACAGUCGAAGUCCGCCUCCGCGAGUAA